CCUCGGAAUUCACAUCAGUCGAUUAUUGAACUGAGAACUUGUAAUUCGAUACGAAAUUCGUCAAGUGUAAGAGGCCGUAAAACGCCAUUAAAAAUGGUCGUUAACUCGAAAAGUUCUUUGCCAAGAUUUACGGAGUUCAAUGAACUUGCUUCCAAAAGAAACGGUGGCAAGAUAGUAUUCGCUACCGACGAUUGGUUCGCAGAGGCAGAGAACCUUCUCAAGGACGACGAGCCCGUUUUCAAGGAGGGCCUUUUCACGGACGCCGGGAAAUGGAUGGACGGUUGGGAGACGAGGAGAAAGAGAUGCCAAGGUCACGACUGGGCUGUCAUUGCCCUGAACAAACCUUCGACCGUCAUGGGUCUCUGCGUGGACACCGCAUUUUUCACUGGAAAUUACGCUCCCAGGUUUUCCAUACAGGCCGCUAAACUCACCGAUCAAGAAGCAAGAAUGUUCCCCAAAAGAAGAGGCACACUCGGUACCGCGGCGAGUCAGUCAGAUCUGGAGCAAGUCGCCCGCCUGAAAUCCGAGAACUGGAAGACCUUGGUGCAAAUGACGACUCUCGAACCUGGAUACGAAGAAACCCGUCGGAAUUAUUUUCACGUACCGGCCAACGAGACUUGGACUCAUCUGCGAUUGAACAUAUUUCCCGACGGUGGAAUCGCCCGACUACGCGUAUUCGGACUCACCACACCGGAUUGGAACAGAAUCAACCGUAAAGAACAGAUCGAUUUGAUAGCAUGCGAAAACGGUGCCGUAUGCGAAGGGUACAGCGAUGCACAUUACGGUCAUCCGAGGAAUCUCAUCAAACCCGGAAGAGGAAUCAACAUGGGCGAUGGAUGGGAAACAGCGAGAAGACUGGACAGACCUCCGGUUCUGGAAGCCGACGAUUCCGGAAUACUGAGGGUACCCGGAAGCGAAUGGGCUUUUUUCAAACUCGGUCACGUGGGUGUAGUUCGUUCCAUCGAAGUUGACACGCAACAUUUCAAGGGUAACUUUCCCGACAGCGUGAAAAUCGAAGGUGUUCUAGCAACGGAAAAUCAAGACCCGGCCUCAUUCGCGUGGAAGACGAUAAUGGCACCGAAAAAGCUCUCGCCUGAUAAACAACAUUACUACGAAAUCGACGAUCUCGUGUCGUGCGGACCCGUCAGCCAUGUGAGAAUCACCAUGGCCCCGGAUGGAGGAAUUUCCAGGGUUAGAAUAUUCGGUCUUAUUUCCAAUUAGUCAUCGUGAAUAUAAUAUUUACCAAUUAAAUCUAAUCGUAAGUUCGUACGUUUUAUUCGUUCGUUUCGUGAGACGAGAAAAAAAAAAAAAAAAAAAAAAACGAAAACGAAUGAAAGAAAACGUGUGGUUGUAUUAUUAAUGUAAUAACUGAACGUUGUGCACGUAUUUCGUACUUAAGUGUUAUGUAUACAUAAGGAUAGUUUUGCUCAUGUGCAAAUUAUGUAAAAAUUACGCCGUACCGUAACUUGUAUGGGGUCGACUUUCUUUUCGAAGAAGAAAAAUGAAUAAAUAAAUAAUACGCAAGAUA